AUGGACUACACGUACUUGAACCAGGCCGCGGCCUUCGACCCGGCCUCCUGCUCGCUGGACGCCGGCCACGGCCUCGGCGCCGGCCUCCCCUGCGCCUACCCGGACCUGGCCUCGGCCGCCGCCGGCUGCUCGCAGAUGUCCGGGUACCGGUACGCGUCCGCCAACAUGGCCGGCCGAGGCUACCCCGUCAGCAACAUGGGCGCGCCGCACAACCAGCAGUGCAUGAUGUCCAGGCCGCUGUCGCAGGACGUGCACAGGGCCAUGUUCCCCUCCGCCAUGGACCUCCAGGGCUACAAGGUGUACCCGGGGCACGACGGCCUGACGGAGAAGCGGAAACAGCGGCGCAUCCGGACCACCUUCACCUCGGCACAGCUCAAGGAGCUGGAGCGGGCCUUCCAGGAGACGCACUACCCGGACAUCUACACCAGGGAGGAGAUCGCCCUCAAGAUCGACCUCACGGAGGCCCGGGUGCAGGUGUGGUUCCAGAACCGGCGCGCCAAGUUCCGCAAGCAGGAGCGGCUGGCCCAGCAGAAGGGGUCGCACCCGGCCAACGGACCCAGCGGCCCCAACGGCGAGGCCGGCCAGAACCAGGCGGCCGGUCCGGGCGGCCCUGGCGGCCCUGGCGGCGCGGCCGGCGGGGGCAGCUCCCCCGUCAAGACGGAGCAGGGGGGCGGCGCGACCAACGGGGGCUGCGCCACGACCGGCGCCGGGGGCGGUGCCGGGGGCGGUGCCGGGGGCGGCGCGGGGGCGGCGGCCGGCGGCCAGCAGGGCGGCGCGCAGACCAAGGUGGACGGCAAGCCGCCCCUGCCGCCGCCGACGCCGCACGGCCACCACUCCCCCCUGCACGACGUCAAGCCCAUGAACGGAGCAGGCAAAUUGGACCCCGGGCUGGCCCAAAUCAACAACAACAAGUGGUCCCUGUCGCCGCCGCAGCAGCAACAACAACAACAGCAGCAGCAGCCCUGCCGGCAGCAGGUGGGACUGCAGCAGCAGCAACAGCAGCAGCAGCACAUGUCGUCCCACGACGCCCUGUCCUCGCCGUUCGCCCUGCUCGGCGGCUACAUCCACGGCGCGGCCGGCGGCCACAUCUUCUGAGCUCUGUGAUAAGUGAAGUGAAAGUGCCAUGACUCCGAGCGCGGACUUGGAACGAGAGAGAGAAAGAGAAAGAGUGCGGUUAUUUUUCUUUCGGACCAUUUUUUUUUGUCUCGCGUGAUGGACCUUCUGCUAGGUGUGCAAAUGCAACGAUGCGGGGGAAGGCGUCCGCGGUGUUUUAGGGACGGACCGAGAGGGAGAGAAAGAGAGAGAGAGAGAGAGAGAGAGAGAGAGAGAGAGAGAGAGAGAGAGAGAGAGAGAGAGAGAGAGAGAGAGAGAGAGAGAGAGAGAGAGAGAGAGAGAGGAGACAAGUUUCGAGUGGAGAGGGUUUCUCAAUUGUGAUUCUUUGUGUCGUGCUAGAUCGUAAGGUACGCUGUCAAACUGGCAGUCUGUCCCGUUUGAGUGAGAAUUUUUGGCUUUGUCUGCCAAAAUUAUGUCGCUUUGCUACCUGUGACGUCAUUGCCCCCCUCCCCCGUAUCUUCUUCUGCCCGACAAUUUUGUCUAUAGCAACAACCAAUGGAAACGCUGUUUGACUAUGACGGCAUUGGUUGCAGGGUAUCUUGUACUAUCGUGAUAAUUUUUUUCCCAGAGUGGUGAUCCGGCUAACCCUGCCACCACAUCUGACUGUAGUGUACAAUGUAAAAUAUUUGAAAAAAGUGCUACUGUAAAUAAACGUACUGUGCUGGAGAGAAGUUCUACUACUGUCCUCUACCGUCCUCUUGAGGGAAUUGAAAUCUUGCCAGUCUUGUUCUUUUCCUGUGAAAUAAAGAAAGUGCAGAUGAA